GUACACGAUUUGGUCAAACAUUUUUUUUCUGGAAAGCGGGCAUAAACCGAUUUCAUCUCCAAGAACCUUGCGGGGCAAGAUUAAUAGGCAUUAUCUAGCUCUAGAUAUAAUAAAACGCCGAAAUGUCUCACACAAUAUUGCUGGUUCAGCCGGGCCCCAGGCCUGAGACUAGAACUUACUCAGACUACGAGAGUGUAAAUGACUGCAUGGAGGGCGUGUGUAAGAUCUACGAAGAGCAUUUAAAACGGCGAAACCCUAAUACGCCGACUAUCACAUACGACAUAUCGCAACUGUUCGACUUUGUUGAUCAGCUUGCUGAUCUGAGUUGUCUAGUGUACCAAAAGUCUACCAACACAUACGCACCGUACAACAAAGAUUGGAUCAAAGAGAAGAUCUACGUGUUGCUCCGUCAAGCCGCUGGACAGAGUGACUGAAGCAUUAUAUGGUGAUUAUUAUACUACUUUGUCUUUACCAUGGUCGCUGUGGAGCUUAGAGAAACGAGUAACGGAAGAGUUUUAACUCCAUACACCAGUAAAUGCGAGUUACUUGUAUAGACAUAAAUUAUUAGUACUGCUACUUGUCAAUAGACGUCGCGAUGAACGAAAAGUCUAAUGCUCACCAAUUUUUGGCUAAUAUUACAAUAGUAUU